AACCUAGUUGGCACCCGUAAACCCUAGUGUGCCUCACCCCAAUAUUCGGUUCCAUUUCCACACACUGAGCACCAAUGGCUGCAGCCGCCGCACGCCCUCUCGUCACCGUUCAAUCACAUGAUGGCGCCGAAUCAACCGACACCGUUCACCUGCCGGACGUUAUGAGGGCCUCUAUCCGACCUGACAUCGUUAACUUCGUCCACGCCAACAUAUCCAAGAACAAACGGCAGCCGUACGCCGUAUCAAAGCGCGCCGGCCACCAGACCUCCGCAGAGUCCUGGGGAACCGGACGCGCAGUUUCCCGUAUCCCCCGUGUUCCCGGCGGUGGAACCCACCGCGCCGGCCAGGGUGCUUUUGGUAACAUGUGCCGUGGCGGCCGCAUGUUCGCCCCCACAAAGAUCUGGCGCCGCUGGCAUCGCAAGGUUAAUGUCAACCUCAAGCGCUACGCCGUUGUUUCGGCCAUAGCCGCAUCCGCCGUCCCCUCCCUCGUUCUUGCCCGUGGACACCGGAUCGAGUCGGUUCCCGAGUUGCCCCUGGUCAUCAGCGACUCAGCCGAGAGCGUGGAGAAGACCUCUGCGGCUCUCAAGGUUCUGAAAGAUAUUGGUGCUCACCCCGAUGCCGAAAAGGCUAAGGACAGCCACUCGAUCCGUCCAGGCAAAGGUAAGAUGCGUAACCGCCGUUACAUCAAUCGCAAGGGCCCUCUGAUUGUUUACGGAACUGAGGGGGCGAAGCUCGUGAAAGCGUUCAGGAACAUUCCCGGGGUCGAUAUCGUGAACGUGGAGAGGCUGAACCUGCUGAAGCUGGCUCCCGGUGGUCACCUUGGGAGGUUUGUGAUCUGGACCAAGUCGGCAUUCGAGAAGCUGGACUCGAUCUACGGGUCAUUCGAAAAGCCUUCGGAGAAGAAGAAGGGGUACGUGCUGCCGAGGUCGAAGAUGGUGAACGCUGACUUGUCUAGGAUUAUCAACUCGGACGAGGUGCAGUCCGUGGUGAGGCCGAUCAAGAGGGAGUUUAAGAGGGCGCCAAUGAAGAAGAACCCACUGAAGAAUCUCAACACCUUGCUGAAGCUGAACCCUUACGCCAAGACCGCCAGGAGGAUGGCUCUUUUGGCCGAGGCAGAACGCGUGAAGGCCAAGAAGGAGAAGCUUGAUAAGAAGAGAAAGCAAGUCACUAAGGAAGAGGCUUCUGCAAUUCAGGCUGCGGGGAAAGCAUGGUACAAGACAAUGAUAUCAGAUAGUGAUUACACCGAGUUUGAGAACUUCACUAAGUGGCUAGGAGUCUCUCAGUAAUUUACCCUUUUUCUUUGUUUGAAAAUCCUGUAGGCCUCUUCAUUUGUUUUACUUGGUGGUACUUUUACGGUUUUGAGACAUGGAUGAUAUUAGGUGGGAGGAAAUGAGAUAUAUGACUUGGAAAUUUUUUUCCUUUCCUCUCACUUUUUCUUUUUAAAAUAUCGAUUUCUGCCUUGGAGUUUGUAUUUUGGAACCGAAAUUAAUUAUUAUAGGUAUUGUAGUUUGUCAA